CAAUCGGCGGGAAAGUUUUGCCGAACAAAUCGACUAUCUUCAUUAUCGAGAUUACCAGAUUGUGUUGGGUGGAAUUCUUAUGAAAAAAAAUCACUGGCUGGUGACCAUGAUGCUUCAAGUUGCUUGGUCUAGACAAGCAGUUCUGGGUCUCUACAAAAGAUUGUUACGAGAAGGCACCAAUCUGCGCUACACAGAUCAGGAGUUCUACAAGAGGAGCAUUCAGAAAGAGUUCAGAGUUCACCAAGCUGAGAAGAAUCAGGCUGAACAACAGAGGCAGUUGGAUCGAGGGUUCUACUUUCUUCACAGCAAGCUAGGAGGACUUGUGUGACAGCAUAAUCAUUCUGAUUUUAGUGCAGGUAC